UAAAACUCUCGCUCGUUUAUAAUACCGUCCACAUAUAUCUCUGCGCAACCUCUACAGCUCUCUCUUUCUUUAACAAUAACAACAAUUUUCUCACAUCAGAUUUCCAACCCUCAUAUUUUGGUCAUCUUUUUCUAGAUUCUCCUCCUCUUUUAAGAGCCAUCUCUCAGAUUUCUUCAAGCCAGAUCUGCACUUCUUUCCUCACAAUCGUCUCUCUGUUCAGUUGCAGGAUCGGCCGCCGUCGCCUUCAAAUCUGCCGGAGUUGCAGAGAAAUCAGGACUUUCCGGCAAUGCUCUUUCAUUUCCGGACGCACUGGGUCGAUUAAGCUCCCAAAUCACAUCAACUUGGAUUGCAGAUCGAGGAGAUCGUUUGCUUCCUCCGGUUUUUGGAAAAUCAAGAUGGACAUAGAUUGGAGUGACACAUCGUCUUCAUUGUUUAGUGAUUCUGAUGAAGAUUUUGAUGACCUUGUAGAUUGCAUGUAUUUGAAUUUGAUGCAGGAGAAUGAAGAUUCAUUUAAAUCCAAGGUACCAAAGAGAACUUCAGGGUUAACAAGUCAUGAGUAUGUUCAGGAAUUGUUGAAUGACCAUGCCAGUCGAUGUUUUGAUUUAUUACGAAUGGAUAGAGAAGUCUUUCUGAAAUUAUGUCGAAUAUUGAGAGAACAUAAAUUGUUGGAAGACACACAUACAAUUUCAAUUUUGGAGUCAGUGGCAAUGUUUCUGUUCAUUAUAGGACAUAAUAUUCGUCAUGUAGUGGUAGCUGAACGAUUUCAACAUUCUGGCGAAACAGUUUCUAGACAUUUUAAGCGGGUAUUGAGAGCAAUAUGUCACCUUGGGAAAUUCCUCAUACGUUCACCACAAAGCAAUGAUGUGCCUUCUCAUAUACUUCAUAAUCCUAAAUACUAUCCUUGGUUUAAGAAUUGCAUUGGAGCAAUUGAUAGAACACAUAUAAGUGUUUUUGCACCUGUCAGCAAACAAACUCCUUAUAGAGGAAAAAAGUCUAUAGUGACACAAAAUGUUAUGUGUGUUUGCUCAUUUGAUAUGCUAUUUACUUUCGUUUACGCGGGUUGGGAGGGAACGGCAAAUGACUCAAGAGUUUUUAUUGAUGCAAUUACUAGAGCUGUUGCACGAUUCCCGAUACCACCUGAUGGUAUUACUAUUACUUUUGUCAAUUUAAUAUUAAUAAUAGCAUGCUACUAACCCUAAUAAAAUUUAAAUAAUUUUUUGCAAGGAAAUACCAUGUAGUUGAUUCUGGUUACCCAUGCACAAAAGGAUUUCUGCCUCCGUAUCGUGGUCAAAGAUAUCAUCUACAAGAUUAUAGGGGUAACAUUCGGCAACCGCGUGGUGCAAAAGAAUUGCUUAACUAUCAGCAUUCAUCGCUUCGCAAUGUCAUUGAACGUUGUUUUGGAGUACUAAAGGCUCGUUUUCCCAUUUUAAAGCUUAUGCCUUGCUAUAAGUUGGUUAGACAACGACUCAUAAUAACUGCUUGUUGCACGAUUCACAAUUUCAUUCGUCAAAAUAUAAUAGAUGAUCGUUUUUUUAUGGAGUAUGGGGAAGAAGAUGUUAAUGUCACUGAUGGGGGGAAUGGUAACAGUAGUAAUGCUGGUGUAUUAAAUGCACUUAAUUUAUCUGACGAUGGUGCAACACAAAUGGGAGCCUUUAGAACUCAUCUGACAAAUCAAAUGUGGGCAUCAUUCAUAGGCAAUGGUUCAUGAAGUUAUUUUUAUAA